ACAUUUCAAGAGUGAAUUAUAAAUUGCAACUAAACGAUGCAUGCGAGAGUUUCGAAAAUAUUUGAUUCGCACCGAUGCAUAUUUAUUAAUGCAGUAAAUUUACUCAAUCGAUGACUUAAUUGUAAGAUGCAGUUAGAUUAUUUUUUUUCUUCCCGCAUUCAGUUGCAGUUUGUCGUUUGCAAUGGAGAGGGCUAGAAAACAAGAAGAGCGUACUCCCCUCUUAGAAAGUGAUAAAGAGGAGAGUGCUAAUGGCAGUUGGAUUCAAAAUAUCACCGUUGAACCAGUAGCGUUCUUACAUAGUUUUGGAUGGAGCCUUUCUGGUGAAAUAAUGCCAUUUUGCGCCUAUUGGAACUAAUUGUGAUCUGUAACCUUUGUCUCAAUAGAAAUUAUACUGACCAAUCAAAUAGUGUAUCAAACAUGUGUAGUGACGCUAGGCGGGCCAGAUGUCGAAUCCUGCGCUAUUAUGAAGCAGACGGGAGCUGCCGAAAAUGAAACGUUGGCGAGUUACCUCGAGCAGAAAGUUCAACCCUAUGCAGCUACCGUCACGAUGACCAUUGUGCUGCUGACUUCAGUGGUUCCGGCUAUGGUGGCGCUUUUUCUCGGACCGUGGUCGGAUAAGUUUGGCCGGAAGCCCGUUAUUGCGAUCGCUUCGAUGGGUUACAUGCUUACAGAAAUGCUAGUCGCUUGGGUAUGCUACAUGUCCAACUACUACGCCUUAUCACCUUGGUGGUACGUUGUGGCCAACAUUCCUGUAUCGAUCUCCGGUGGAUAUUCUGUGUUCAACGCUGGCCUGUUCAGCUACAUGAGCGAUGUCACGAACGAGAGAAACCGGACACUACGAAUGGGCGUAUUGCAAGGAUGUACAAUGCUUGGCGUUCUAAUCGGAUUGUUAGCUAGCAGUUAUAUGAUUGAUUCCGUCUCAGCGACAGUGAUGUUUUUGAUCUCGGCAGCAGGCAUGUUCCUCGGCAUCGUAUAUUUAGCUCUAGUUACCAAAGAAACAAUUAUCAACGAAAGCAUACGCUCUGGAGUAGAUAAAAUCAAAGCGAUCUUCAACAUCAAUCUUUUACUAGAAAUGGUUCAUACGUUCACUAAACCGAGAUGGAAUUACGAGCGAGCCAUAACGUGGCUUUUAAUAUCCGUUAGUGGUUUGGUGGAGUUUGCAAUAGCGGGACGUCAACUAUUCUUUCUCUAUACACGGCGACAAUUUGGAUGGGAUGCGGUGACUUACGGAUUUUGGUUGUCCGCAGAACUGGGACUUAUUAUGAUGGGGAAUCUGUUUGGCAUUGGACUGCUAAAAAAACUGUUCAAUAUUUCGGAUUUGAGCCUUCUGGCCAUUUCAACGAUGAAUCAGCUAGGAGACUAUCUGAUCAAAGGAUUUGCGCAAGAGGGUUGGCAGUUGUACCUAACGACCCUGAUGACCCCGUUGAAGGGAGUCGACGGAGCAGCAAUUCGGUCUAUGCUUUCCAGCAUCCUUCCGAAAGACGACAUCGGGAAGAGCUACUCCAUGGACCUAUCGGUAAAAGCUAUCACACCACUGAUCUCGGUUUUCCUUUUUACCUCCAUAUACAACAGAACCAUCGAUAGUUUGCCAUCGACGUAUCUUUUUGUGACGUGUGGAAUAUUUGGAAUCAACCUCCUUUUGAUAGGAAUCUGUCGUCAUUUGCUGAGGAAAAGGCAUCGUGCCAACGCAUAACAAAAGCGCAGUAAUAAAGUGCAAAGAUUCUAAAUCUUUGGAUAUAACUAGACCAUAGUAUAAUACUUAGCCAAUCAAACUCUCAAAUGCAUUGAAUGUAAAUGUCUUCUGGAUAUAUUGAAAGGUAUUUUAGACAAAAAAAAAUGUAAAAUUACUAGAAAUAUUCAAUAAAUAAAAACGUAAACUUCAAA